UCCACCACCAUGACCACUCUUGAAACACUGCCCGUCGAACUCUUCUCAGAUAAUCUUCUCCUGGAACUACCUAUUGAGUCGUUGCUUCAGCUCGCCUCAACAAACAAGUUCUUCAGCUCCCUCUGCUCUGACGAAUUACUAUGGCAGCGGAGGCUCAAAUCCGACUUCAAUUUCUCUGGCGCAGGGACGGCAAGAACAAGUGGUUGGAAGUUCAUCUACAGAAACAUGUACAACCCCAAAGUAUUCGUCUGGGGGGAAAAGGCUAAUGGCAGGCUCGGUCUCGGGGCUAAAUUUCCAAAAUCGAGUCUUCUUGGAAGCGGUGUACCUUUCCCAACAAGACUACGCAUCCCUCAGGCGCGCAUUGUCAACAUCGUUGCCGGAGGAAUGUCAUUUCACGCGCUCGAUUCCGAGGGCAGGCUCUGGGUCUGGGGUACUCUCAACAGUCUGACAGCGGCACUCAACUCUGAAGGAUUCUCUGAACCCGGUAAGGUAGCGCAUACACCGUUACGCCUGGAUCUUCCCGUUCGGAUUACGGAAAUCAGCUGUGGCAGACUCCACUCUCUGGCGUUAGACUCCCAAUCGCAAUUAUGGAACUGGACAUCAUGGGGGAGACCAUUCCUGCUGUCCUCUCGCCACAUCACAACCGACUCGAAACCAGUCCAGGUCGAAUGUGGAUGGAAUUUCUCCUCGAUACUGACAAAAUCCGGCGAGAUCUUCGUCUGGUGGCCGUUGUCGAGCGAAAUGGGAGACCAGAUCCGCGACAAAAACAACGAAAUGGAUGAAACAAAAGAAUUUGCUGCCCGCGCCGCGGAAGGAGUUAUACCAUGCGUGCCGUGGUCCCUCGACGCUCCCGAUCUUAGUCGAUUGCCACCCUUACCUCGCUUGCCGAAACUCGUUGAGACUGGUGACAACGCCGAAUAUGACCAAGUAAAGAUCGUCAAGAUCGCAGCUAUGGACGCUCGACUUGUCGCUCUCACCGACCAAGGGCAUGUCCUCCUAUUUCGGGGUCUCGAAUCUGAGGAUACGCUUGCUGACGGCGCGUGGUCAUAUCUUCCCAAUUUCAGCGAAUUAAACAGAGUCCGGACGAUGCCGCCCUUCAACGGCACCCAGCCCGUUAUCGCGGCACCACCGACAAUGAAGAUCACUCAUAUAUCAGCACACUUUUUAAAGUUCUUCGCGUAUUCGACAGGAGCAAGCUCCAUUGUGCUUAUGGGCAACACAGAAACGCAAGACAACAGUCCGCCACAUAUCGAACCUACGUUGCAAAACAGAUCAGUUAUUUCUGUGCAUGUCGGUGACUGGCAUUACGCCGCUUUGACUGCUACAGGCGAGCUGUUGACAUGGGGCGGGUACUCGGCUGGGGCGUUGGGAUUAGGCGACCCAACUGAGUUACCUGUUGGAGGGCCGGGCGGCUUUUCAACUGAGCAAGCUCGUUUGAAUGCUCUUGAUCGCGGCCUCGGGAAUCCACCGAACACGACUCUGCCAACCCAAGUCCGCUUUGACCACGCUCGCAAGUCACCAAAAGACCGUUUUUGUUUUCUAGCAUGCGCUUCUGGAUGGCACACAGGUGCGCUGGUCAUUGAUCUUCAGAAGGACGCAGACGACAACAAAGAAUCUGAAGAAGAGGACGAAGAGCUUGUGGAGAUUCGACCACCAACACAUGUUCGCUUGAACCCAGCCCCGCAUUUGCCCAUUCCUGGACAUGGGGGAAUAGGGGGCGGAGUGUUUCGGGUUGGAUUUGCUGGCCGCGGCUUGACACGUGGAGGUCAGGCGCGAGGCCCACCAACGGCUUGA